AUGACAGUGAAAAUCAGGACAAAAACCAGGGGAGAAACUAAGUGUAGAGAAAUCCACAGUGUAGAGAAAUCCUAUAAAUGUAAGGAAUGUGGGAAAUCCUUUAGAUAUCGCCAGUCUGUUCACAAACACGAAUGGACUCACACUGAGAAACCCUAUGAAUGUAAACAAUGUGGAAAAGCCUUUAGAUAUCAUCAAACCUUCCAAACACAUGAAAGGAUUCACACCGGAGAGAAACCCUAUGAAUGUAAGCAGUGUGGUAAAGCCUUCAGUUGUCCCAGUUCCUAUCGAAGUCAUGAAAGGACUCACACUGGAGAGAAACCCUACGAAUGUGAAAAGUGUAGUAAAGCAUUCAGUUGUCCCUGUUCUCUUCGAAAACAUGAAAGAACUCACACUGGAGAGAAACCCUAUGACUGUAAAGAAUGUGGGAAGGCCUUUAUGUCUCUUGGAAGCUUUCAAAGACACAUGAUAACACACACUGGAGAUGGACCUUACAAAUGUAAGGAAUGUGGGAAGGCAUUAAAUUGUCCCAGUUCAUAUGGAAUACAUGAAAGAUCUCACACUGGAGAGAAGCCCUAUGAACGUAAGCAGUGUGGUAAAGCCUUCAGUUGUUCCAGUUCCUUUGGAACACAUGAAAGAACUCACACUGGAGAGAGGCCCUACCAAUGUAAGGAGUGUGGGAAAGCUUUCCAUUGGCUCACCACUUUCCAAGUCCUUGUGAGAACUCACACUGGAGAGAAACCCUAUAUAUGUAAGCUGUGUGGUAAAGCCCUCAGUUGUCCCACUUCCUUUUGAAGACAUGAAAGGACUCACAGUGCAGAGAAACCCUAUGCAUGUAAACAGUGUGGGAAAACCUUCAGUUGUUCCAGUUCCUAUCAUGAAAGGACUCACACUGGAAAGAAACCCUACAAAUGCAAGAAUUUUGGGAGAGCUUACUCCCAUAACCAAACCUUAAAGUACACAUGAGACUGCACACUGGAGAGAAGCCCU